ACCAGGGGGUUUAAGAUAAAUAAUUGAGAACUAUCGACAUUAUUUCCACAAUAUCGGGAUAUUCCUAAGCUGGCUUUAGUUCAGCACGAUGAGCGAUAAAACCGAGACUUCCAUAACUGUGGGACUGGGAGUUUGGGUUAGCUUUUGCCUGUUGUUCUCCAUGUGGAUUUUUACCCGCUUCAUGAAGGGCAAACAGCAAAUGUACUCGAACUUGCACGUGGUUGAAGACAGUUUGAAGCGGAUGCAAGAACAGCUCGAGGUGGAGCAGAGGAAGAAAAGCAUGGGCUACGUGGAGAACUUAGACGAGGUGACGGCUUGUCUGAAAAAAUUCCGUUCCCAGGCCGCGGAGGAUCAACCAGACGAUCAAGCCGCAGAAACCCCGGACAAAACAGUCGAAAAUGAAGCUGGUGAAGUGCAGGCAGAGCAGCCAGUAGAAGAAACAGCGGAAGACAAGAAACGCGUGUAAAUACAUACUUUUCAGCUGUAAAAAUAAACGAUGUAGAAACUC